GUUUUCCAAAACAUAAUCAAAGGAUUCAACUUUUUGGUGAAAGGGAGCAAGUUAUGACUUCUGGGAGCCAAACAGCACGUCCGCACCAACACCACAAAGUUCUGUCUUUAGCUACCAGCAACCAACGAGUGGCUUUCUAUGCACUCUUCAAUCUAUUCUGCGGCUUCUUCAUCCCAAAAUCGAGAAUUCCCAAGUGGUGGAUUUGGUACUACUGGAUCUGCCCUGUGGCAUGGACAAUCUUUGGAUUAAUCAUAUUACAAUAUGGUGAUGUAGAACAGACAAUCAAAGUUCCAGGAUCCACGGUACAACCAUCUAUUAGAUGGUAUAUUGAGAGCCACUUCGGUUAUGAUCCAAAUUUCAUGGGACCAGUUGCUGGUGUUCUGGUUGGAUUCACAGUGUUCUUUGCCUUCAUGUAUGCCUACUGCAUAAAGACACUGAACUUCCAAAUGAGGUAGACGUAAUUCAUGCGGAUGAAUUCUUCCUCAACCAUAUGCUACAACUGAAAAGUGACCUUGUGAAUACAAAACACAGUGGAAUGCAAUAGUUGUAUUAGGCCUCUGUGUUAAUCUUUUUGAAGCAAUUACAUUUAUAGUCGUUUGCAAGAUUUUGAAAGUUGUACUGGGCUACCAGGAAAUGUAAAGAAUUUUGAAAGAAAAAUCUUUAUGCUAC